GAUCAAUGUGGUUGAGGGGAUCAUAUGGAAAUCUCCUCUUUGAAGUUGAAGGUGCAACGUGAGCACUGUCGCAAGCCAAAACCCUGAAAGUUUCCUAUAAGUAGCAAUUAACACUCGGCAAAGAUGUCUGCAAACCCAAGCAAGCCACCGUACAAAGUUGCUGAUUUAUCCCUCGCUGAAAUGGGACGAAAGUCGAUAGCAAUAGCAGAAAAUGAAAUGCCAGGACUCAUGAUGAUGAGGAAACGAUAUGGAAAAGAAAAGCCACUGAAAGGUGCUCGCAUUGCUGGUUGUCUCCACAUGACUGUGCAAACUGCUGUUCUCAUUGAGACACUGACUGAGCUGGGUGCAGAGGUCCAAUGGUCUUCUUGCAAUAUUUUCUCAACACAAGACUUUGCAGCAGCCGCCAUCGCAGUGACCGGUGUUCCCGUCUAUGCAUGGAAAGGAGAAACUGACGAGGAGUACUUGUGGUGCAUCGAGCAGACCCUUCACUUCAAAGAUGGACAUCCUUUGAAUAUGAUUCUCGAUGAUGGUGGUGAUUUGACCAAUCUUGUGCAUGACAAGUAUCCAGACUUACUUGCUGGUAUCCGUGGGCUUUCAGAAGAAACUACAACUGGUGUGCACAACCUUUAUAAGCGAAUGAAGGCUGGAACAUUGAAAGUACCAGCGAUUAAUGUCAACGAUUCUGUGACAAAAAGCAAGUUUGACAAUCUCUACGGCUGUCGUGAAUCGCUGAUAGAUGGGAUUAAGAGGGCCACUGACGUCAUGAUUGCAGGCAAAGUAUGCUUUGUUGCUGGUUACGGUGAUGUCGGAAAAGGGUGUGUCCAGGCCCUGCGUGGGUUCGGAGCCAGAGUCAUCAUUGCAGAGAUCGACCCAAUCAAUGCUUUGCAGGCUGCUAUGGAAGGCUAUGAAAUAGCAACAAUCGAUGAUGUAGUGGACAAGGCUCAGAUCUUUGUAACUGCUACUGGAUGCAGUGGGAUAAUCAAGGGUGAACAUUUCAUGAAAAUGAGGGAGGAUGCCAUUGUAUGUAACAUUGGCCAUUUUGACUGCGAACUUGAUGUUCAGUGGCUCAACGAUAAUUGCAAGAAAGAGGAAGUCAAGCCACAGGUUGACAGAUACACACUCCCAAACGGUCGCCAUGUUAUUUUGCUGGCUGAAGGGCGUUUGGUCAAUCUUGGUUGUGCCCACGGUCACCCAAGUUUUGUGAUGAGUAGUUCCUUCACAAAUCAAGUCAUGGCACAGCUAGAACUUUGGACGAAGACCGACGAAUACAAGAUCGACGUAGUAAUGUUGCCUAAAAAGUUGGAUGAGCAAGUAGCCGCUUUGCAUUUGGACCACCUUGGUGUUCGCUUGACUCAGCUUAGAGAAGAUCAAUCAAACUACCUUGGCGUGCCUGUUGACGGGCCAUUCAAACCAAGCUUCUACCGGUAUUAACUGACGAGAAGUAAAAGAUAAUAGACAGAUUUGUCAUAUUGUGCUUUUAUAUAUUGAAUUGAGAUGAAUCAAAUUCUGCUUGCUCUCUAA